AGCAGCACCUUUGCCAAAAGACAAAAAGGAAGUUGCAGAAAAGAUGUAUGGAAAGCCAAGUUCAGAGGAAAACCAGUUUACAGGGGAGCUGGAGAAUCGCACUGGUUUACCUUGUCCAGAUACCAAUGUCUUAUUGGACCCAGAUAAUUGCCAUGAAAAACAAGUGUGUUCAAGGUGUAGCAAAACACUCUGUGAUGAAUCUGGAUUAUGUGACUGUUGCAAAAGCCCGGCUGGAGAGAAAGAAGAUGAAACCAGGAAACACCCCAGAAGGAGCCUUCCUCCUCCUUUACAUGAAAGAAUAAAAGAAGGAGGGAAACUGUACAAAUGUACGGAGUGUGCAGAAAGCUUUGGUACAAGCCUCUCUCUUGCUUUGCAUAAAAAGAUUCACAGAGCAGAGGAUCCACACAAAUGUCUGGAUUGUGGAAAGACGUUCAGUCAGAAAAACCAUUUUAAUUCACAUCAAAGGAUCCAGGAAGACAGGAAGGAGCACCAAUGCAUCCCCUGUGGAAAGAGCUUCACAAAUAGUGCAGCCCUUGUUUCCCACCAAAGCAUCCAUAGAGAGGAGAGAUUAUAUCAAUGCAGGGAGGGUAGAAUGAGAUUUACUCGGAGCAAGGAACCAAAUUCCAGGAAAAAAAGCCCCACUGGGAAGAAAUCAUGUAAAUGCCUGGAAUGUGGGAAGAGCUUCAGCUCUGCAAGUGACCUCACUUGCCAUAAUAGGACUCAUACAGGGGAAAAGCCGUUUUGUUGCACAGUGUGUGGAAAGAGCUUCGCACAUAAAGGCCAUUUCAAUUCACAUAAGAGGAUCCACAUGGGAGAGAAGCCAUAUAAAUGCACAGAGUGUGGAAAAUGCUUUAGUGCUUCAGUUACUCUUACUUCUCAUAAGAGAAUCCACACGGGGGAGAAACCCUAUGAAUGCCUGGGAUGUGGAAAAAGCUUUAGCAGAAGUGGUGCUCUAACCUUACAUAAUAAGACGCAUAAGUGGGAGAAACCUUAUAAAUGCCUGCAAUGUGGAAAGAGUUUCAGUCAAAAAGUUCAUCUUAAAUCACACGAGAUGAUCCACAUGCGGGGAAAACCAUUUCAAUGCAUGGAGUGUGGAAAGAGCUUCCAUUUCUCAGCAAACCUUACUUUCCAUCACAGAAUCCACAUGGGGGAGAAGCCCUUUCCGUGCCUGCAGUGUGGAAAGCGCUGUUCUAGUGGCCUUCAUGCCCACAAAUGGAUCCACACAGGGGAGAAACCGUACAAAUGCCUAGAGUGUGGAAAGAGCUUCGGUAAAUCCAGCCACCUAACUUUCCACAGAAGAAUCCACACUGGAGAGAAACCAUAUCAAUGCACUGAGUGUAAGAAGUGCUUCAGGAAUCCAUCUAGUCUUACUGUCCAUAAAAGGACCCACACAGGUGAAAAGCCUUAUAAGUGCCCUGAAUGUGACAAAUCCUUCACUAAUUUGGGGAAUCUCUAUCGCCACAAAAGGCUCCACACUGGGGAGAAGCCAUUUGAAUGCCGCACAUGUGGAAAGAACUUCAAUACAAAAAAUAGGUAUAUCACACAUAGCAGGACCCACACUGGGGAGAAACCGUAUCAGUGCCAGGAGUGUGGAAAAUGCUUCACUGAUUCUGGAGAACUGACGAUCCAUAAAAGGAUUCACACAGGGGAGAAACCCUAUAAGUGCACGGAGUGUGGCCUGAGUUUCAGGACAAGUGGUUGCCUUGGCAGCCACAAGAGGAUCCACACUGGGGAGAAACCGUAUACAUGUCAUGAGUACGGAAAAAGUUUUAGACAUAAUAAUUCACCCAGGAACCAUAGAAUGCUUCACUCAGGGAAGAAACCCUAUAAAUGCCUGGAGUGUGGAAAAUGUUUUUGUGUAAGUGGCAAGCUUACCUCCCACAAUAGGAUCCACACAGGAGAGAAACCGUAUACGUGUCAAGAGUGCGGAAAAAGCUUUAGACAUAAUAAUUCACUCAGGAGCCAUAGAAGACUUCACUCUGGAGAAACCCUAAAAAUGCCUCGACUGUGGAAAAUGUUACAGAGAGAGUGA